AGUGACAUCAGGAAGAGUCCACCACCUUCUGGCAUGUUCCAGGUAGCUUCUAGCUGUUUUGGGCAGCCACUGGCAUCAUCACCCCUCCUUGUUCCCAGGUGGUUAAAUUUCCCACCUUGAUUCUAUUUGCACCUGUAAAGAUUUUUUCUCACACAUCCUCUUCAAACAACUCUAGUUUGCUCCUACGAUCGACUGAAAGCACUCAAACAACCUGAAAAGGCUUGAUCGCUUUAUACCGAAUCACAUCUACAGUCAUCGACAUCCCAUCCGUUCAUAGCCCACCAUGACGGCACGAAUGGAUUUUACCGACAGAGCCCAAAAGGCCGUGGAAGAUGCCAUGGCCUUGGCUGAACAAUACGCACAUUCACAACUUGUCCCUGUACAUCUUGCAGUCUCGCUAUUAGAACCCCCGAUCGACCAGUCCAAGGACCAGCAAAACGCCCCGGCUGGCGCCGUCGUCACACUCUUCAGACAAGUUAUUGAAAGAGCUCAUGGCGAUCCUCAACAGUUCGAUAGAGCGUUGAAGAAGAUGCUGACCAUCUUAUUACAGCCUUGUCCGAAGAUUCGACAAUGCAAACCGCUCUCAGAGACGCAAAUAUACCCAAACCGAAACUCGUUCAGGAAGCUGUGCAAGCUAUCCGAGGCACCAAGCGUGUCGAUAGCAAGACGGCUGAUACUGAACAAGACAACGAAAACCUCGCCAAAUUCACAAUAGAUAUGACGGCAAUGGCCAAAGACAAAAAGGUCGAUCCCGUUAUUGGUCGAGAAGAAGAAAUCCGCCGAGUUAUCCGCAUCCUGUCCCGCCGAACAAAGAACAAUCCUGUACUUAUUGGUGAGCCGGGUGUUGGUAAGACGACUGUUGUCGAAGGUCUGGCGCAGAGAAUUGUCAACCGAGAUGUUCCUGAUAACCUGAAGCACUGCCGACUUUUGUCGCUUGACGUUGGAGCCCUGGUUGCUGGCAGCAAAUUCCGAGGUGAAUUUGAAGAGCGUAUGAAGGGUGUCCUCAAGGAAAUCACAGAAUCCAAGGAAAUGAUUGUUCUCUUUGUGGACGAAAUCCAUCUUUUGAUGGGCGCCGGAUCCUCGGGAGAGGGUGGCAUGGAUGCAGCUAACCUACUCAAGCCUAUGCUUGCGCGUGGCCAGUUGCACUGCAUCGGUGCUACCACUCUUGCCGAGUACCGAAAAUACGUUGAGAAGGAUGCGGCCUUUGAGCGCCGUUUCCAACAGGUUCUCGUCAAAGAGCCCUCCAUUACCGAGACUAUUUCUAUUCUCCGUGGUCUCAAGGAAAAGUACGACAGACACCAUCGCGUCAACAUUCUCGACAGCGCUUUGGUAGCCGCUGCCAACUUAGCCGCCCGAUACCUCACCACUCGCCGUAUGCCUGACUCCGCAAUCGACCUGGUAGACGAAGCAGCUGCUGCUGUGCAAGUCGCCCGCGAGUCACAGCCCGAGAUUAUCGACUCUCUUGAACGUAAGCUGCGCCAGUUGAUGAUUGAAAUCGCUGCCCUUGCAAAGGAACAGGACGAAGCAUCACAGACCAGACUUAUUCAAGCAAAGAAGGAUGCAAAGAACGUUGAAGAAGAACUUGCACCACUUCUUGAAAAGUACAAGAGCGAAAUCAAGCGCGGUGAAGAAAUCCACAACGCCAAGGUUAAGCUUGAUGACUUGGAGAAGCGCUUGGAAGAUGCCAUGAACAACAGAGAUGAUGCCAAGGCCGCUGAUCUCAAAUAUGGUGCUAUCCCCGAACAAAAGGCUGUCAUCAAGGAUUUGGAAGCGAAAAAGGUUGCCGCUGAUGCUGCUCUGAACGCCUCUGGGCAAGAUCUGGGCACCUCAAUGGUUACUGACAUUGUCACUGCCGAUAACAUCAACGAAAUUGUUGCUCGAUGGACUGGUAUCCCAGUGACUCGCCUUCGCACCUCAGAGAAGGAGAAGCUCAUCAACAUGGAGAAGGGGCUAGGCAAGAUUGUUGUUGGCCAGAAAGAAGCGGUACAGUCGGUAGCAAACGCUAUUCGUUUGCAACGCUCUGGUCUUGCAAACCCAAACCAGCCACCCAGCUUCCUCUUCUGUGGUCCUUCUGGUACGGGUAAGACACUCCUGACCAAGGCUCUCGCCGAGUUUCUCUUUGACGACUCUCGCGCAAUGAUCCGCUUUGACAUGUCCGAAUACCAGGAACGCCACUCUCUCAGCAGAAUGAUUGGUGCUCCCCCAGGCUACGUUGGCCAUGAUGCUGGUGGUCAGCUCACAGAAGCUCUCCGCCGUAAGCCAUUUUCAAUCUUGCUCUUUGAUGAGGUUGAGAAGGCUGCCAAGGAAAUCCUGACGGUCCUCCUCCAACUCAUGGACGAUGGCCGCAUCACUGACGGCCAAGGCAGAGUUGUUGACGCCAAGAACUGUAUUGUCGUCAUGACAUCCAACCUUGGUGCUGAAUACCUCACUCGCGCUGGUGUCAAGGAAGGCCGGGUCGAUUCGUCCACCCGGGAACUUGUCAUGGGCGCGCUGCGCAACUACUUCUUGCCCGAGUUCCUCAACCGUAUCAACUCUGUCGUCAUCUUCAACCGUCUCACCCGCAAGGAAAUUCGCAAGAUUGUGGACUUGCGCAUAUCAGAAAUUCAGAAACGACUGGAGGACAACGGCCGGAAGGUUCAUAUAGACGUGUCAGACGAAGCAAAGGACUACCUCGGCAACUCUGGCUACUCCCCUGCCUAUGGCGCUCGCCCUCUUGCAAGACUCAUCGAGAAGGAAGUUCUCAACAAGCUUGCCAUCCUUAUCCUGCGCAACAACAUCCGCGACGGUGAAGUUGCGCGCGUUGAGCUGGACGAUGGUAGAAUCAUUGUUCUAUCAAACCACUCCGACAGCGAAAGCGGCGACUACGACGACGAUGCCGUUAUGGACGACUCGGAUGCCGUAGAAGAGAUUGCCGGCGAUGACAUGGAGGAAGACUUUUACGAUUAA